UGUGUUCGCGAGAAAUUUUACGGUGUCUCAAAACUUUUGCGGUUUUGACAUCAAAAAAUAGUGUUUUCGUGCUGUGAUAACGUCUCAGGUUACUCAUACGAAAAUGGGGAACGACAAACAUAGAAAAAGAAGAAAACCAGGAGCUCGUAAAUAUUCUGAUUAUUCUCAGGAAACAUUAGAAGUUGCUGCAGACCUAGUGCGUGAUAAAGUUAUUUCGUCGUAUGAAGCGGAAAAGCAAUUUGGUAUACCACGACGGACCAUAGUAAAUCGCAGUAAGAAAUUACACUCGAAAGAUUUUGGUCGACCGACCGAAUUGUCCAUAGAUGAAGAAGCCCACAUCGCCGACGUUGUGAAUCUUUCUGCACAAUUUGGAAGUCCGUUGACCAUGCUAGACUUGCGCAUUGUAGUACAUAACUACCUAACAAAAAACGGCAAACUUCACCUUUUUAAGGGCAAAAUGCCCGGUGAACGGUGGGCACGGGCAUUUUUAGAUCGUCACCAUUUUUCAAAUAGAGCUGCACAAAAUAUAAAAAGAAAUCGUGCCGCAAAAACGGUAGACGAAUUAAACCAAUAUUUUGAAAAUCUGGAGGAGUCGCUAAAAGAUAUCCCUCCUACAAACAUACUUAAUUUCGACGAGACAAAUUUGACCGACGAUCCAGGAUCACGAAAAUGUAUAUUUAAAAGAGGCACUAAACACCCAGAAAGGGUUCUUAACGCGAGCAAAAGCUCAGUAUCCGUAAUGUUCAGCGGAAGUGCAGACGGUCAAUGCCUACCGCCCUACGUUGUAUACAAGGCUGACCAUUUAUGGACUAGAUGGUCCGAAAAUGGUCCAAAAAAUUGUCGAUAUAACAGAACUAAAUCAGGAUGGUUUGACAUGGUCUGCUUUGACGACUGGUUCAAAUAUAUAGUUUUGCCAUGGGCAAACUCUCUAGAUGGACCAAAACUUAUCAUCGGCGAUAACUUGGCAUCACACCUAAGCGUCGAGACAAUACAAAUAUGUCAAAGUCAAAACAUCAGAUUUGUUUUUCUUCCAACGAAUGCAACACAUCUUACUCAACCGUUAGAUGUCGCAUUUUUUGGACCCAUGAAACGUCACUGGCGUGAAAUUUUAACUAAUUACAAAGCUACAUACGGCAGCGCAAAUACUAUUAACAAAUGCCAUUUUCCACAAUUAUUAGACGAACUCAUGACCAAAAUAGAUAUGACAAAAGAGACAAAUUUACGCAAAGGAUUUGAAGGAUGUGGAAUAUACCCUUUCAAUCCAUCAAGAGUGACAAAAAGGUUACCAACGGUGCAAGAAGAAGACAUUCGUCAAUUUGAUGCAAGCCUUCUAGAGUAUUUACAGAGAAAUAGACGAUCGCAACCAAUAAAAACAGGUCAAAACAGCAGACUAACAGUAACACCAGGCAAGUCUAUAUCUACUGAGGAGGCAGAAGAGCUAGCUAAAGCCAAGCUUAUAAAGAAAAAUCCAAAACAAAAAGAGAAAAAAGACACAAGUUUACCAGGACCAUCGAAAAUAAUAUCUGUAAAGAAUAAAAAAAACAAGCAGACCGGAAAAAUGCACAAAAAAACAAUUUCACAACCAAUCAGUGACAAUAAAAUAGAUAAAUGCUCCCAAUCUUCUGGUUUGCCAUUGAUGAUCAAAAAUCCUAACAGUCUCAGUAGGCUUUGUACUAAUGCUAUUAACAUUUAUUUGCAACCGUUAGCGUCAGAUUCCUUCAAAAUCGUGCAUUGCCUAAAAGAUUUACCAAAAGGUUCCGAAAUGAACUUUCUAUUUUGUGAUGAUACACCAGAAUGCCUACAAUUAAAUACAGAUAGCAUACCAAAAAAUGAUCUAGAACUACAAAAAAAGUCCUCAAUUAAGAAAAAACCUUCGAAGAUAAUAAUUACGUCGAAACCUUCGAAUAUAAUAAUUACGUCUAAUAAAGUUAUCAAAGAAGCUUCUCCUGAAAAUAAUAUGCCAUUGCGAGAUAAAGAUACCCAGAUAAAUACAAAAAAAAGAAGACAAGCCAAUAUUUCUCAACUGCAGUCAUCCAAAAAUAAAAGAAAAAGGAAACGCGUAUAUGAUAGCGAGUCAAGCUCAACGUCAGAAACAUCUUUUCGAGCUGCAGAUGACUCAGAUUGUGAAGAUUUUGACAAUUAUAUUCAAACAUAUUUACAAGAACAAGAAGACCAAGAAAAUAUAUGCCCUUUUGGCCUGAGCAACAUUGAAUUUCAUGAAGAGGAUCCUCUAGGGUUUGACAAAAACAGUUGGGUAAUAGUCAAAUUCGCUUCAAAAAAAAGUGUUAAGCACUUUAUCGGAAAGAUUUUAUUUAUUAAUAAUAAAAUUCCUACUGUAAAAUUUGCGAGAAAAGUUAAAAAUUCGAAGUGUAAUAAGGGAACAGUCUUCACUUACCCUAACAUUGAUGAUGUAUGUGCUGUACAAGAUUUAAAUGACAUUAUUACAGUAUUACCUGACCCCCAAAUCACCCGACGAGGACAAUUCAUAUUUAAUUUAAGUCUCGAGAAAUAUAACAUACAGUGAUAUUAAUUAUUAUAAUAUAUUUACGAGUCUGUAAUACCAGUAGAUACUCGUAUGUAGGAUUGUAUUCUGUUAACUACUCAGUAUUAGCAUAGUGUUCGUUUUUGUAACACCUGCAAUUAAGUUCCUAUUGAUAUUAGUUUAAAGUCGGUAUUAUAGAAUUUUUCAAUGAGUAUUACUAAAAAUUAGGAUUCCAAAGAUUUGUUCCUAAACUAAUUUGAAGUGCCUACACACGGCUUUAAGACAGAAGAUUAUUUUUAUUUUAUAUACCUACCUACCUACCGUCGCCAAAUAAUAAUUAUUUAUAAGAGGUACUGUUUGUUUUUUAUUCUCAUUAAAGAAUAUUGAAGUAUAUCUUAUGUGUAUUUUUGGCACAACCCUAUAUCCAACUACUUUUGUGUAUGGGAAUUCUGCAGUACCUGCUACAACUUUGCCUGUCACUUGCUAAAAAAAAACUAUUACAUUUAUGACUGGCAUUUGACUAUUAGAAACAAGAACGGUCUUUUGUGAUAAACAGAAAACAAUAACUACACGAUUAAUAAAUAACCUACAGAGAUAUUCUUCUAGGCAAAGUUGUGUCCUUGA